AUCAUCUAUACGUAGCAUACCAACGGAGUUUGAAACUAGCGCGAUUUGGUCUACUAAAACCAGGAACGCAUUGGUUGUUCACGUAGUGUUAUCAGAUACCCUGAGUCAAAGCUUACAGUAUUUACCCUGGUUAGCCUGAGUAACGUUAGUCAUAUCAGCCAUUCCUGCUAAUAUGCUAGGAAUAAUGCUGACCAUGCCACACUUCCUAGAAGACCUAGAGUUUACUGUAUUGUUCAGAUUUAAACCUCUGUACUGUAAACAUCAGAAUAACAUUGUAAUAAUAAACAAAAGCGAUCUCGAGGAAUUGAUCCUAUAUCUCAUUUUUGUUCACUAUACAUAUUAUAAAACCAUUUAUGUAUUCGUUGAUAAUUUUUUUUAUAUUAUUGAUUCAUGCAGGUAAUAUAAGCUAUAAUCUGUUA